AUGGCGGAAUCGCUGGUGGAAGAGGACGGGCGGAGAUUGCCAUCUCAGCGAGACGAAAAGCCCCCGCAAGGAGGCAAGAAAAUGGGGAUGCCCUCGUCGGGGUUGUCCCUAUUCCUCGGUCUCCUGGGCUUGUACGCCGUCGUCUCGUGGUUCUCCAAGACUUGGGCCGAAGCGGUGACCGGCUACGAGCGCGGCAAUCGGUACCGGAUGGUCGCUAUUGUAAAGCUCGAGAUCACGAUGGGCGUGCUGAACAUCUUCGUCUAUAAGCAGCUGAUGCAGUGGUUCACCGUCGACGACAUGAAGCACUACGGGAAGUGCGCAUCGACGCGGCGCACCCGUGAACGCAUCUCCUGCGCCCUGCUGCUGUUCAUCUUCUUGGCGCACGCCGUCUACGCGAUGUACUAUGCGCCGCCGUGGAUGCAGUGGCUCUUCUUUGAUUUGACGACGAUUGCUUGCGGCGUUUGGACGAACGUCUUGGCGUUCGUGUGCGGCUUUUUCCUCGUGAAUGUCUUCAUUGGACCGUUAAAUAAAAUCCAACCCUUCAACUGGCUGUUCGCCCAAAUCGCUCGCGUCUCCUACCUCAAGGGGCUGAUGUACGACAGGAGGGAGCAGAUCAAGUUCACGCUAUGGUUCAGCUGCCUGCUGUCGCUUUUGAUGUGGUACGGCUGCGACAAGAUCGUCGUCAAGGAGCGACAAUUCCACAUCCCAAACUACACCGGUGAGAAGCCGCUCAAGUUUGCUGUCAUCUCCGACAUCCACGCCGGCGCCAGCGUGUACAGAGAUCAGGUCGAACGCGUCGUUGAUGCCGUCCUCCCCCUCACCGUAGACGCCGUACUGAUCGUUGGUGAUAUGGUAGAUGGUGAAGCCUCCGAACUCACCGAUCGCGUCUCGCCAAUUUUCGCACUGGCACAGCGAUUCCCGACCUUCUUUGUGACGGGCAACCACGACUACUACUACGGGAAUGUGCAGGAGUGGAUCGAUUUGUACGAGAAGCAUGGGAUUCGAGUGUUGACAAACAAUGCUACCAACUUCCACGGCAUCUGCCUGGCGGGUGCUUCGGACAUAGCUUCACAUAAGGCUGGUAUCCGCUCGCAGGAGAUGAACAUCUCACUGGCUCUCUCCCACUGCCCACCGGUUGGUGAGGCCUCUCGCGUACUCCUGGCCCACAAUCCAGCCUCUGUACGCGAGAUAACCCGCGAGGAUAUGCCGACCAUUGAUCUCAUGAUAUCUGGCCACACCCACGCCGGCCAAUUCUACGUCGUAAUCCCGGCCGUCUACUGGAUGCUGCCGUACUUCUACGGCGUCUACGACCUACCUGCGCCGUCGACCCACGGAAAAUUGAUGGUUACUGCCGGCUCGUUAUACCAGGGCCCACCUAUGAAGAUGCUCGGCAUGUCUGAAGUCUGGGUCGUCACGCUCAAUGGA